AUGAUCGCAUCCGUGCGGGGAGCCGAGACGACACUGGCCGGCGGCGAAGCUGCGGCGCGCGACCCAGGGAACCCGGGUGAUGAUGCCGCCGACGCGCGCCCCCCUGAGCCGCCCGCCCGGCCCUGGCUCGGGGUCAGCCUGCAGGUCACCUCCCCACGGGCUUCCCCGACGCCGCGCGGCCGGACAGCGCUCCGGGAUGGACGGAUGACCGUGUGCUGCCCUCGAACUCACCCUGAAGACAGACGCUCACCACCGGCUCUCAGCGAUACGAUAAAGUCGGCCUGUUCCCAGGUUCUUAAAUGCUUAAAAACCUUCAACUUGAGACCCUGA